GAGGUUUAUUAUUAGAUUUGCCAUUUAAAUCGUCCGAUUGAAUCCGCUAAUUGGCAAGUACAAUAGGAAAAUUCUAAAUUAGUCUAAUUGUACAGUAUAAUCGUGGAAUCAGUUGAUUUUUCGCUCAAAAUUGUUUGAAUAAUGGUUUUCAAUAGGGUCAUUUGUCAGUUUAGACCAUUAGUGCGACAUGCUUCUCAAACCUCAAGAGAUGCGAUCAGAAAAUCCGUGGAAGAACGUCAAAAAUUGAUGCAACUCAACAACGACAUCCCCGUACACCUUAAGGGUGGUUUUUUCGAUCAAGUUUUGAUGCGUACCACCGCCCUCAUGUGUACCACCGGGGUUCUUUUAGGACUUUAUACGGUAGGCAGACUUAUCAGAGGCAAAAAGUGAGGUUUCACUUAUUUCUGGUAGUUUAAAUAAAGAAAACACUUGGUUGGUUUUAAAUAAUAA